CUUCGUUUAGCACGAAGUCUUAAUUUCUCCCUAAGAUUUGAAUUGGUUUUAUGAGCUCCAAAAUGAAGCAUACACACACAGGGGCUAGAAGAUAUAUUUGGUGGAUAAUAGGAUGAACACGUGGCGCAAAACCUGCAACAUCAAAAUCAAAACCCCAAUGAACCAACAACCUCGGCAGCCAUAGUACAUAUAACUCACAGUUCAGACUCAGUUCUCCAUCCCUGCCCAAAGGUAUCAAUGGCUAACUCAUUCCUUUCAUCAAACUUUUUCGGAACCCAACUCUUACUCUCUCCUCCAACUCCAAAAACUACAAGAAAGUUGCAAGUAACUCAGUCCAUCCUCAACAACAAACCCAACUCAAACCAUACCUUUAGAGCCCUCCAAUCUCAUGCCACUUUAGCUGCCUUAUACUUCUCUUCCGUUACGCCGCAAGCACUAGCGGUGGAUAACGCUCCGCCCACUCCACCGCCUGUGAUCGAAGCCCAGCCAACCAAUCCAAGCCCUUUGAACCAGUCACCCUUCUCUCAAGACCUGCUCUUAACUGCUCCCAAGCCUCAAUCUCAAUCCUCUGACCUUCCCGAAGGCAGCCAAUGGAGGUACAGUGAGUUCUUGAACGCAGUCAAGAAGGGGAAAGUGGAGAGAGUCAGGUUCAGCAAAGACGGUUCCUUCCUCCAACUCUCCGCCGUUGAUGGUCGUCGAGCCUCUGUGAUUGUCCCCAAUGACCCCGAUCUCAUCGACAUUUUAGCCAUGAAUGGUGUCGAUAUUUCGGUGUCCGAGGGUGAAUCCGGUAAUGGGCUUUUCAACUUUAUUGGGAAUUUGCUUUUCCCUUUUCUUGCAUUUGCCGGAUUGUUCUUUCUCUUCCGUCGGGCUCAAGGUGGGCCAGGUGGCCCCGGUGGGCUCGGCGGACCCAUGGAUUUUGGACGCUCCAAAUCCAAGUUCCAAGAAGUGCCAGAGACUGGAGUUACCUUUGCUGACGUAGCUGGAGCUGACCAGGCAAAGUUGGAACUCCAAGAAGUUGUCGAUUUCUUGAAGAACCCAGACAAGUACACAGCUUUAGGAGCUAAAAUCCCGAAAGGUUGUUUAUUAGUUGGCCCUCCUGGUACCGGAAAGACUCUAUUGGCGAGAGCCGUGGCAGGGGAAGCCGGGGUGCUUUUCUCAUGCGCAGCUUCGGAGUUUGUGGAGUUGUUCGUUGGAGUAGGCGCGUCCAGGGUAAGGGAUUUGUUCGAAAAGGCAAAAUCCAAAGCGCCUUGCAUUGUAUUCAUAGAUGAGAUCGAUGCUGUUGGGAGACAGAGAGGAGCUGGGCUUGGAGGAGGAAAUGAUGAAAGAGAGCAGACAAUCAACCAGUUGCUGACUGAGAUGGAUGGAUUUUCGGGGAAUUCCGGUGUCAUUGUUUUGGCAGCAACUAACAGGCCCGAUGUUCUUGAUGCGGCUUUAUUGAGGCCCGGUAGGUUUGACCGACAGGUUACAGUUGAUAGGCCUGAUGUUGCUGGGAGAGUGAAAAUUCUUCAGGUGCAUUCCAGAGGAAAGGCACUUGCAAAGGACGUGGAUUUUGAAAAGAUUGCAAGGAGAACCCCGGGUUUCACUGGAGCUGAUUUGCAGAACCUGAUGAAUGAAGCGGCCAUUCUUGCAGCCAGGCGUGACCUCAAGGAAAUAAGCAAAGAUGAAAUAUCAGAUGCCCUAGAGAGGAUCAUUGCUGGACCAGAGAAGAAAAAUGCUGUGGUCUCCGAUGAGAAGAAGAAAUUGGUUGCCUAUCAUGAGGCUGGCCAUGCUUUAGUUGGUGCACUCAUGCCUGAAUAUGAUCCUGUGGCAAAGAUUUCUAUCAUUCCUCGUGGUCAAGCUGGUGGCCUUACCUUUUUUGCUCCAAGUGAGGAGAGGCUUGAAUCUGGUCUCUACAGCCGAAGUUACCUACAGAACCAGAUGGCAGUUGCACUCGGUGGAAGGAUUGCGGAAGAAGUAAUUUUUGGUGAGGAAAAUGUGACAACAGGAGCAUCAAAUGACUUUAUGCAAGUCUCACGAGUGGCAAGGCAGAUGGUUGAAAGAUUUGGGUUCAGCAAAAAGAUUGGACAAGUUGCCAUUGGUGGACCUGGUGGAAAUCCUUUCUUAGGACAACAGAUGUCUUCUCAAAAAGACUACUCAAUGGCAACUGCUGACGUGGUGGAUGCUGAGGUAAGGGAUCUAGUAGAGACAGCGUAUUCAAGGGCAAAGCAGAUAAUCACAACCCACAUUGACAUUCUCCACAAGCUUGCUCAACUUCUAAUGGAGAAGGAAACUGUUGAUGGAGAAGAGUUUAUGAGCCUCUUCAUUGAUGGAAAAGCUGAGCUAUAUGUUUCUUAGAUUAAAGAUUGCACCUUUUUUGCUUUAGUCUCUAUUGAGUCUUUUGUGCUAGUACUAGUAUCAAUUCAAAUCCCAUACCUUUUUCUUCUGUAAUUAAACAAAAUCGAUGAGGCUGGCUGCAGUAGUUGCACACAAUGUAUCUAUUAUUGAAUUUAGUGAACAAUAAGAAAGGAAAAGACAAUGACAGGGUUCAUAUUAAUAACAAUGACCCUUGACAGGAA